AGGAAAAAGGAAGAGGAAAAAAGUGGCUGCUGUGAACGCUGCCGUGAUCCAGCAGGGUGAAACAAUGGCGUUACGAGCGUGUACGCCGAGGGCGGCCUCAUGCUGCGCCUGGAGGGCUUCCUGCCAAGACAUCGAGAGCGACAGAGAGAGCGGGGAAGGGGUUCGAUUUGCUGUGUCGAUAUUCUACAGCCAAGAACAAAAGGCAUGGAAAUGUGGCAGGGACUCAAAAAGAGAACGUCUAAGCUGUGCUUGUUCAUGCUCCUUCAUCCUUGCCUGUAGCAUGCGCCAAGCACAUACACCGCAAGAGAACAUGAGGCAUUUUGACUACAUUUGGGAUAAUAACCAAGUUUCAUUCUACAGCGAGGGGUAAUAGAGCCACAGAUGAUGAUCUUGCAACUUGAAGCACCUUUCAUCUUCAUGGGCAUUUAUGGUUUAUUUGCACACGCAAGCACCUAGAUAAGCUUUCCAUAUCACUCAUAUCCUGGCCAAGGCAUAUCAAGCACACUUUUAUCCCACAGAUUGGUGUAUUUUAGCUGGAAAUGACAUCAUGACAUCACUACUACCAGGAGAACCAGAGUGUAGAGGGGGAGGAGCCACCUGUCGUGGCCCAGCAAGGUGCACUGUAUUCGGGCACACGCUCCGAGCAGCCGGCGUGACGCCACGGAGGUCUCUGGCAAACCUUUAGUUCUUUUCAAACACUGCGGCGCUGGCGUUUCAGGUGGCUGAUAAGGUUUUUUGUGUGCUCGAUGUUUUUUUUCCCCCCCCUUAUCACGGCGCAUUUGCUACAUCUAACACCAGCAAUGUCUUCCUGGGAACGUGAAUGUUUGUCAUUAACAUCACAGGCAGGAGAGAAAAGGAGCGCUUGAUUUGCUCACCCGCACUGCACGGGUAACCUCGCCUCAUUGGAGCCUUUUUAAAAAAAAAAAAUAAUUGGUUAUUGGAGCUAUUUUGAUUGUUAUUGGAUGUAUGCAUAUGACCUCAUAAUUCUCUUAGCCGUACUAUUUAGCCAGAAGGGGGCGAUAAUUGAGUUGAUGUGGACGCACAGUCAUGGACUGGCGGGGGACAUAAACCACCAUAAAAAAAUUGGAGACAAUCCGACCAUGAGAAAAGUAACUAUGACAGUUAUGGGCUUCCACCAGUGGGGGGCGACACUGGAGGCAUUGCGUGCAUGCUGACCUCAGACACCAUAUUAAAUGUGUACAGGAUGGGAACAUCUGGAAGGUAGGUAUGGUGUUAUCAUUUUCCACCAGGAGGGGGCGGCACUGAUGCCAAGGUGGCCGUGCAGUCGGCUUCCUGAUUUAUAAAUAGAAUAUUUUCAUAGUUAGAGCCUAGAAAACCUGUUUAAUACCUUCUAAAUAAGCUUUCUAACAUUAUUAAAGCCCUCUUGUCAUGAAAUAACACCCCUGCAGUCGCCUUUACACUCCUAUGACCCAACAUAAAGGAAAUAAGACGUACUUGUCAUGUUCCACACGACAGGUUAGACUUAUGGCUUUGGUUUUUCUUUGUUCGCUGAUAUUUCCUUUUUAUUGUGCUCUUAUUCUGGUACAUCCAUUUCCUGUUUUGCACAAUUUUGAGUUGUCUUGACCUUGUUGUGAGCCGCUACUGGCCUCAGGUGUUCCUCGUUAGCAAUCAAGCAGGCUUCCUAAUCAGCUGCCUCGCAUCGUCACUGGGGCCAGGCUGGGCCAAACGUGUGCGUGGGAUUAUUGGAAGUGAUUUCAAUGAGCUUGGCUGGGCUGCCAUGACGAGCGAGGAGUGUCCUGUGCCGCCGGGGAGCGUUUCCCCGGCCGUGCCGGGGCAGCACAAGGAUUACGGCUCGGCGCAGGCGGAUGACAUCAUCGAGGAAGCGGGUCCGUGCGAUGACGCCAGCAUCGGGAGUGACCUGAGUACGCUCGUGGUGCCCUUCCCCGAGCUGGCGCCCGUGGUCUUCUUCUGCCUCAAGCAGACCACCUGCCCCCGCAGCUGGUGCAUCCGCAUGGUUUCCAGUCCGUGGUUCGAGAGGAUUAGCAUCAUGGUCAUCCUGCUCAACUGCGUGACGCUGGGAAUGUACCAGCCCUGCGAGAACAUCGACUGCACCUCGGACCGCUGCCAGAUACUGCAGGCCUUCGAUGCUUUCAUCUACAUCUUCUUUGCAUUGGAGAUGGUGGUGAAGAUGGUGGCUCUCGGCAUCUUUGGUCGCCACUGCUACCUGGGAGACACCUGGAACAGGCUGGACUUCUUCAUCGUCAUGGCUGGCAUGGUGGAAUACUCCCUGGACCUGCAGAACAUCAACCUGUCGGCCAUUCGGACGGUGCGGGUCCUUCGUCCCCUAAAAGCCAUCAACAGAGUGCCAAGUAUGCGCAUCCUGGUCAACCUGCUGCUGGACACGCUGCCCAUGCUGGGCAACGUCCUCCUGCUCUGCUUCUUCGUCUUCUUCAUCUUCGGCAUCAUUGGCGUGCAGCUGUGGGCGGGGCUACUGAGGAACCGCUGUUACCUGGAGGAGAACUUCACACUCUCUUCAGGAUUGGCGGCGCCGCACCCGUACUACAGACCCGAGGAGGAUGACGAGCGCCCCUUCAUUUGCUCGCUGGCCUCCGACAACGGCAUCAUGUCGUGUUCCGACGUGCCGCCGAGGCGAGAGGGAGGCCAUACGUGCUGCCUGGACAAGGAGGACGCGCUCCACCGACAGGCUCUGGGCCUCAGCCCCGAGCCCGUGGCCAGCGGGAACGGGAGCGGCGACGCCAUCGGGCUGUGCGUCAACUGGAACCAGUAUUACACCCGCUGCCACACGGGGAACACCAACCCUCACAAAGGAGCAAUCAACUUUGACAACAUCGUCUAUGCCUGGAUUGUCAUUUUUCAGGUGAUCACCCUGGAAGGCUGGGUGGAGAUCAUGUACUACGUCAUGGACGCACACUCCUUCUACAACUUCAUCUACUUCAUCUUACUCAUCAUUAUCGGUUCCUUCUUCAUGAUCAACCUGUGCCUGGUGGUCAUCGCCACUCAGUUCUCGGAGACCAAGCAGCGGGAGCACCAGCUGAUGCAGGAGCAGAGGGCGCAGUGCCUGUCCUCCUCCACCCUGGCCAGCAUGGCCGAGCCGGGCGACUGCUACGAGGAGAUCUUCCAGCUGGUCUGCCACGUCCUCCGCAAGGCCAGGAGGAGGUCGGCGGCUCUGUACUACACGCUGAGGGGCAAGCCCCCGCCGGCUGGUGGAGGCAGAGGCAACAGGCGGGGCGGAGCCAAUCAGAACGGAGAGAGGCAUCAUUCCAGGCAACCGAAAUCGUCCCACUGUCCACACCAAAGCAAGCAGGACCACGAGUCUCAACCCACGGCCAACUCCAUCAGCCUGACUGUGCCUCAGAACCCACAGGACUGCCCUUUGUGCACGUUGGCCCUGGAAGAGGGCGCGAGGACUGCGGGUGCCGCCGCCAGCGGGGACGAGGACGAGGGGGACGCCGUGAAGGAGACGGACAAGGAGGAGAACCACUUAGAGGAGCGGGCCGACGGCAACGAGAGGACGAAGAAGAAAAAGAAGAGCUGCUUCGGACGCUGUAGGGAUUUGUGGAACGGAAUGCGGAGGAAACUGUGGGGCAUCGUGGAGAGCAAGUACUUCAGCCGGGGCAUCAUGAUCGCCAUUCUCAUCAACACCAUCAGUAUGGGCAUUGAACAUCACAACCAGCCUGAGGAGCUGACCAACGUCCUGGAGAUCUGCAACAUUGUCUUCACCAGCAUGUUCACCUUGGAGAUGAUCCUCAAGCUGACUGCUUUUGGCUUCUUUGAGUACCUGAGGAACCCGUACAACAUCUUUGAUGGCAUCAUCGUCAUCAUCAGCGUGUGUGAGAUCAUCGGUCAGGCGGAUGGCGGCCUGUCGGUGUUGAGGACCUUCAGGCUGCUGCGGGUCAUUAAGCUGGUGAGGUUCAUGCCCGCCCUGAGGCGUCAGCUGGUGGUCCUGAUGAAGACCAUGGACAACGUGGCAACCUUCUGCAUGCUCCUCAUGCUCUUCAUCUUCAUCUUCAGUAUCCUGGGGAUGCACAUUUUUGGCUGCAAAUUCAGUCUGAAGACAGAAGCAGGGGACACCGUGCCCGACAGGAAGAACUUUGAUUCCCUCCUCUGGGCCAUCGUCACCGUCUUUCAGAUUCUGACGCAGGAGGACUGGAACAUGGUGCUGUACAACGGCAUGGCUUCCACCUCACCCUGCGCCGCCCUCUACUUUGUGGCCUUGAUGACCUUUGGGAACUACGUGCUUUUCAAUUUGUUGGUCGCCAUCUUGGUUGAGGGCUUCCAAGCCGAGGGAGAUGCAAACCGCUCUUACUCGGAUGAUGAAAGGUCUUCCUGCAAUUUUGAGGACAACGAUAAGCAGAAGGACUCGCUGCAUCUCUCAGACCCAAAGAUCUGUACACUGACCCCUAAUGGACACUUGGACUUGGGCCCACUGCCUGCCGGCCUGUUUCCUGGAGAGAGGCUGAGCUUUGCUCUCGGGUCGAGGAAGAACAGCGUCAUUUCUCUUGGCAGAGCCAACCUGGAGCACAGGGCGGCGUACCCGGGUCGCGGUUACCACAACUGGGGUCGCCCGCUACCACCCAAUCCUCAAGCUUCCUGGGCUCGUCGCUCCAGUUGGAACAGCCUGAUAGGAGUGCGUCCCUGCUCCUCUUCAUCCCCCUCCACCAGUCCAGUCUUCACCUCCUCACCCUCUGCCAGGCCUUUCUAUGGCUACGGCUUAGGCGGUCUGGGAGGUGUCGUUGGUGGAAGUCUCCGUAUCCGCGGUCCCCGUGCCUCCUCAUCCCCGCUCCGCCACCUCCACAGCGUACACCCGGAUGAGGAGGAAAGCCUCCUCUCUCCCACUGUCGCUACCCGAACUCUUCAACUUCGCCAUCCGAUACUCCACGGGCCUUUUGUACCCAGGAGGGACCGCCGAGCUCUAUCCCUCGAGCUUCCCCACCUGCUACAAGUCCCGGGAGCCCCGCACCUUCCUCCUCCUCUACCGCCCCAUCCCAUGUCCCCCGUGGCGCUCCAUGCCCACCAGAGGAAGAAGAGCUACUCUGGAGGACUGCGGAUCAGUGGAGGUGGGGGACUCGAAAGUCUGAGUGUCAUAGGAAGAGUGCACCAAGACUGUAAUGGCAAGACUCCCCUGGCACAGAUCCUUCAACCCCCUCCUAACCAUCAGACAGAGCAGCCUGGAGGGCUAAACAACCAGAGGCAGCUGAUGGCAGAUGUCUUUCCUCAGGUGAACACCCGUAGCAAGGACCGGGAGGACCUGGACGAUGAACUUGACUACAGCUUGUGCUUCCGCGUCCAGAAGAUGUUGGAGGCGCACAAGCCGGACUGGUGUGAGACCAGGGAGGACUGGUCGGUGUUCCUCUUCUCCCCGCAGAACAAGUUCAGGCAGAUGUGCCAGUCUAUCAUCGCUCAUAAGCUGUUCGAUUACGUGGUGUUGGCCUUCAUCUUCUCCAACUGCAUCACAGUGGCUCUCGAGAGGCCCAAGAUACUGCAGGGCAGCUUGGAACGAGUGUUUCUCACCAUUUCCAACUACAUCUUUACUGCCAUUUUUGUGGGCGAGAUGACACUCAAGGUGGUUUCCAUGGGUCUGUAUAUGGGGGAGCAGGCAUAUUUGCGCAGCAGCUGGAACAUUCUGGACGGCUUCCUGGUGUUUGUGUCGUUGAUUGACAUUGUGGUGUCCAUGGCGGGCGGGGCUAAGAUCCUGGGUGUGCUCCGAGUGCUACGACUGCUCAGAACCUUACGCCCCCUCAGGGUGAUCAGCAGAGCUCCAGGCCUGAAGCUGGUGGUGGAGACCCUCAUCACCUCCCUCAAACCUAUCGGCAACAUUGUCCUCAUCUGCUGCGCUUUCUUCAUCAUCUUUGGCAUUCUUGGCGUCCAGCUGUUUAAAGGCAAGUUCUUCUACUGCUUGGGCCCUAAUGUUAAGAACAUCACCAACAAAUCCGACUGUCUGCAAGCCAACUACAAGUGGGUCCACCAUAAGUACAACUUUGACAACUUGGGACAGGCCCUGAUGUCCUUGUUUGUGCUGGCCUCUAAGGACGGUUGGGUCAACAUCAUGUACCACGGCCUGGAUGCUGUCGGUGUGGACCAGCAGCCGGUGACCAACAACAACCCCUGGAUGCUGCUCUAUUUCAUCUCCUUCCUCCUCAUCGUCAGCUUCUUCGUCCUCAACAUGUUUGUGGGCGUGGUGGUGGAGAACUUUCACAAGUGCCGGCAGCACCAGGAGGUGGAGGAGGCCAAGAGGCGGGAGGAGAAACGUCAGCGGCGCAUGGAGAAGAAGCGGAGAAAAGCCCAGAAGCUCCCCUACUAUGCCAGCUACACCAGCGUGCGUCUGAUGAUCCACACCCUGUGCACCAACCACUACCUGGACCUCAUCAUCACCUUCAUCAUCUGCAUCAACGUCAUCACGAUGUCCCUCGAGCACUACAACCAACCUCACUCUCUAGAUCUCGCCCUGAAAUACUGCAAUUACUUCUUCACCUCCACUUUUGUGCUGGAAGCCAUACUCAAGCUCAUCGCCUUCGGCUUCCGACGCUUCUUCAAAGACAGGUGGAACCAGUUGGACCUCGCCAUUGUGCUGCUGUCUGUGAUGGGCAUCACGUUGGAGGAGAUCGAGAUCAGCGCCGCCCUGCCCAUCAACCCCACCAUCAUCAGGAUCAUGAGAGUACUGAGGAUAGCACGAGUCCUGAAGCUGCUGAAGAUGGCCACAGGAAUGAGAGCCCUGCUGGAUACGGUGGUCCAAGCCCUGCCUCAGGUGGGUAACCUGGGUCUGCUCUUCAUGCUGCUGUUUUUCAUCUACGCCGCCUUAGGAGUGGAGCUUUUCGGAGAACUUGUUUGCAAUCAAGACUACCCAUGUGAAGGAAUGAGUCGUCACGCUACCUUUGAGAACUUUGGCAUGGCCUUCCUGACUUUGUUUCAAGUCUCUACGGGCGACAACUGGAAUGGCAUUAUGAAGGACACAUUGCGGGAGUGCCCGCCAGACCACGGCAUCGAUGUGGACUACGCCUGCAAUCCCAGCCUUCAGUUUAUCUCGCCCAUGUACUUUGUCUCCUUCGUGCUCACCGCCCAGUUCGUGCUCAUCAACGUGGUGGUGGCCGUGCUGAUGAAGCACCUGGACGACUCCAACAAGGAGGCCCAAGAGGAGGCGGAGAUGGAUGCAGAAAUUGAGCUGGAGCUGGCCCAGGGCACCCUCUGUUGCAUGGGCGCCCCCGGCUGCGGCAGCGGGGCAGACAAAGGCGCGGUGGCCGCUGGAUCGGUACCCGGCGUCGAGGCCAAGAGGAAGGACGGACGAGGAGGAGGGAGGACGCAUAUGGCAGCCACGUACAACACCGCCGACUCCAACCGACCGUUGUACUCACCAGCACAAGAGAGCCAAUGGCUGGACAGCGUAUCUCUCCUGAUCAAGGAUACAUUAGAAGGGGAGAUGCUGAUGAUCGACAAUCUCUCUGGUUCUGUCUUCCACCAUUACUCCUCCCCUCCACUCAUCUGUAAAGACUGCAGGGGCCACCCCCAAGAGAUCAGGAUGGCGGAGAUCGAACAGGCGUCGCUGAAGUCGGAGCAACUCAACUCGGACAAGUCCUCGUCUCCCGCCCUGCUGGACGACCUCAGCUUGGACGAGCACGCGGCCUACCAGCUGCUGGUGCGAGAGAGCAAGGGAAAAUGCGGCAGCAGCAGCAGCUGCUCCUGCAGCUCCGAAGAGGCGGCUGGUGGAGGGAGUCAGCUGGUCCACCAGACUGUAGUCCAGGGCCAGGUCCAAGGACUGGGCCACCUCUCCAGGACUCUCUGCCAAGUGGAGAUGGAGCUGCAAGACGUAGAAAUGCAAACAAAUCCACCAUGCUCACCUUACUACAGCCCCAGCGGGGUUUCCAGCAGCAGCAACAAGGAAAGGAACACAGAGGGAGGAGGAGGAGGAGGAGAAGAAGCCAGCGGCGUCUCCCCGCUACUCCCGCUGCCAGGAGCCACCAUCCCAGCACCUCCUCGCAGCAGGAGCCUGAGGUUGUCAAGGGGCCUUAGGUUGACCUCCCCGGCUUCCUGGGCUUCAUUCCGCAUCCCUGGAGGCCAUAGCAAGAUGCUCUGCACUCAGUACCCGUCCCACAGUGACUCAUCGCUUGCGACUGGCAGCUCUGAAGGCAGCCUGCAGACCACCCUGGAGGAAGGACUGAGCUUCAGCAUCUCUCCGCCACAGAACAUGGACUUGCCAGCAGCUCCUUUACCACACGAGUGCCCGCCGCGUGAGGACAACACUAGCGUGUCUUCCCCGGUCCAGACGUUGAGACUGAGGCCGAGCCCCUCGUCGGCGCUCACCCUCCAGGCCACCGUCGGCCAGCAGCGAAGCCAAAGCAGCGGGCGAGGCAGCACAAGCCCGGGCUUCACCCGAGAUGACUCCAUUGACCCUUCAGAUGAGGACCUGGGCAUUGUAAUCGGGUCGUCCAGUCAAGCGGGCAACAGUGAACACUUGUCAGAGACGAUGAGCAGCCUGUCGCUGACAUCGCUGCUGUCUCCCGGCCCCCCAGCGUGUCCUGGAGGAGCGGUGAAGAAGUGCAACAGCACGGGAAGCCUGGACCAAGGGGGGAUGCUGCUGUCGUCCCGAGGAAGGGAGACCCGCAGGGAGAUUCUCGGCCUGGAGCUUAUGGACCCCCGGGGUUUCUUGGCCAACCCUUGGUCGGGGGUGUUAGCCGAGGCGAGAAGAGGAGAUGGAGAUGACCUCGGAGACGGGUUUAGAGGAAAGAGCUCAAGCCAAACCACAGUCGGGCCUUUUCGCAGAAACAGAUGAAACCUACUGCUCACUUGGUGUCUCCUUUCCUCGCAUAGGAAUCCUUUGCUGUCCCCUUUGCACUCUCUCUGCUCCCCACCGACGCCAGAGAGGCUUGAUGGCACAUGAACCCUCAUCUUUUCCACGUUGACCCCCUCCAUACAUUUGUGAUGAACCCAAGACCUAUUUUGUGCAACCCGGGGUUGAGGGGGGUGUGGUGGUGUGGUUGUAGCCUGCGAGGCCUAAGGGCUAGGGGAUCUGCGCCAUUGGGGGGGGGGGUUCUGUGAGAGGAACCCCUCGGUACCAGGGCGCUCAAGCAAGAGUUUCAACUCACAGAGGCAUGAGAAUCCAAGCCAGGUCGUGUUCACCGAUGCAAAAAAACAACAAAAAACAACAAAAAAAUGGAGCUAUCCAAACUGAAACCCAAGCCAACA